CCCCCGCCCCGCAGUGCUGGCCGCCGUCCCGGUGCGCACGGACGUGGCUCGAGUUUCCUCGGCUCUCCGCUCUCGCUCGCUUCCCCCUCCCGCUCCCCUUCUCUCCGGGCCUCGGGCUCCCGCUCCAGCUCCAGCUCCUCUCGGCCGGCCCCGCACGGCUCCGGGCAGCCAUGGAGGACGUCACGCUGCACAUCGUCGAACGGCCGUUCUCCGGGACGCCCGAAGUCGAGGACCGGGAGCCCUCCCAGGUCGGGGCGCCCGCCGCUGAGGAGCCGUCGGGGGCCGGCUCGGAGGAGCUGAUCAAGUCGGACCAGGUGAAUGGCGUGCUGGUGCUGAGCCUUCUGGAUAAAAUCAUCGGCGCCGUCGACCAGAUCCAGCUGACCCAAGCGCAGCUGGAGGAGCGGCAGGCGGAGAUGGAGGGCGCGGUGCAGAGCAUCCAGGGCGAGCUGGCCAAGCUGGGCAAGGCGCACGCCACCACGAGCAACACGGUGAGCAAGCUGCUGGAGAAGGUGCGCAAGGUCAGCGUCAACGUGAAGACGGUGCGCGGCAGCCUGGAGCGCCAGGCCGGCCAGAUCAAGAAGCUGGAGGUCAACGAGGCCGAACUGCUGCGGCGCCGCAACUUCAAAGUCAUGAUCUACCAGGACGAGGUGAAGCUGCCGGCCAAGCUGAGCAUCAGCAAGUCGCUGAAAGAGGCCGAGGCGCUGCCGGAGAAGGAGGGCGACGAGGCGGGCGAGGGCGAGCGGCCCGAGGAGGACGCGGCGGCGCUGGAGCUGUCGUCCGACGAGGCGGUGGAGGUGGAGGAGGUCAUCGAGGAGUCGCGCGCCGAGCGCAUCAAGCGCAGCGGCCUGCGGCGCGUGGACGACUUCAAGAAGGCCUUCUCCAAGGAGAAGAUGGAGAAGACCAGGGUGCGCACGCGCGAGAACCUGGAGAAGACGCGCCUGAAGACCAAGGAGAACCUGGAGAAGACGCGCCACACCCUGGAGAAGCGCAUGAGCAAGCUGGGCACGCGCCUGGUGCCGGCCGAGCGGCGCGAGAAGCUCAAGACGUCGCGGGACAAGCUGCGCAAGUCCUUCACGCCCGACCACGUGGUGUACGCGCGCUCCAAGACGGCCGUGUACAAGGUGCCGCCCUUCACCUUCCACGUCAAGAAGAUCCGCGAGGGCGAGGUGGAGGUGCUCAAGGCCACGGAGAUGGUGGAGGUGGGCGCCGACGACGAGGAGGCCGGCGCGGAGCGCGCCAGCAGCCCCGACGUGCACACGCUGCUGGAGAUCACCGAGGAGUCGGACGCCGUGCUGGUGGACAAGAGCGACAGCGACUGAGCCGGCCGCGCCCCGCCCCGCCGCGCCCGCGCUUCCCCCGCGCCCCCCGCCCCGGCCUCCCCUUCCCCACCUCUCCCAGCACCCCCCCCCCGCGCCCCGCCCGAGGAGGAGCCCGGAGCGGGAGGCAGCCCCCACGAGGCUCAGAGCUCCAGUGUAGACGGAGUCCGGGUACAAGGGGGAAGAGAGGGUGACCCGUGCUCCGGAUGUCCCAGUCGUGGACCCAGGAGGAGACCGCUGGCGGGCGCCCCUCGGGGGCUGCCUUGCCCUCGGCCACACUCGCGCCCGGCUUCGAAGCUGCCACUCCCGCUCGUCUUCUCCCUUCUCUUUCUGACCUGUGCUGGCUUCAAAGCCAAGUUUACCAAAGAGGCGAGUGCAUUCUAAAGGGGACCUUGGCCGGUGCAGGAGACGAGACCCCCGCCCCCCCACCGGAACCUGAGGAGCUGGGGGAGAGACGGCAGAGGGGCUCCGCCCCGCAGAGUCCCGCACAGGCUUAUCCGUGGGGGUUCCCGAUGAGGAAGAGCCCUGGGGAGGGAGUGCGACCCCUAAACUCCCUUGUUUACGCACCUGCUCGCGGGAGCGCGCACGGGGCUGCGGCCUCGGGAGGGAAAAUGGAAGGUGACGAAGAGUGCAGAGGCGACACGUUCCCUCGUUAGCAGCACGGCCCCCGUCGGGGGCGGAAGGGAGGGAAGACAGUGUGAGGAAGCGAUGGUCCGAAGAGGAGGAGCGAGGCUUCUCCAGACCCCUCCGCCGGGCUCCGAGGCCGGCCCGGAAAGUGAGUGCCCCACAAGGGGGCAGCAGCAGGCUGCAGAGCGCCGGGCGUCCGGCGGCCGGCCCGGCGGAGAGCGGGAUGCUGCCGGAGGGGCGGGGAGAGCGGGAUGCUGCCGGAGGGGCGGGGAGAGCGGGAUGCUACCGGAGGGGCCGGGGAGAGCGCGGCGCGGGCCAGCUCGCCCCCGCAGCGCUUCCAGAGCGGCAGCACUAGCCAAGACCCCGCUGGUGUCCUCGCCUCUUGGGGGCCAGGGGACUCAGCUUCCUGCCCAGGUUCUCCUGGGGAGGCUCCAGCCCUCCCCGUGAAAGGCCCCGUCACUGCCCUUGUCUUCCCCAGCUCUGCUUUUUAGAAUUGCAGCUAAUUAAUUGUUUAAAGGGGUGGGGUGGGGGGCGAGCCUGGGGACACAACCUUUUAUACAAUACAAGCUUUGCCUUUUUUUUUUUUUUUUCCUCCUUUUCCCUUUUCUCAGUUCCCUUCUGUCCUCUGAAUGGUUGGAGGCGACCGCUGAGGGGAGGGUGGAAGUUGCGGGGCCAGGUCCCCUGGGCUGAUGGAGUUUCCCGUGGGCUCUGGGGAGCCUGUCUCCUUGCUGUGUCCUGGUGAGCAGCCCGACCAAUAAACCUGCUUUUCUAGAA